AAGAGGCGGAGGAACCUGCAGCCGCUGCUGAGCACGGCGGGGAGGGCGAGUCACCCGGCAACGAUUAACUGCUGAAGUACUGAUCGAGUUCUGCUAUUCUUCAAUGAGGAACUACAGGCUGAUCUUUUGCCAUAAUCUUAAACAACCAUAAAUGACAAAAGAAUGCUUGGUCAGUGAGGGCAGCUGGCGCAGAAAACGUUUUUCAAACUCGGCUGUUUAAGUACUCUGAGAAAAGACAGCUUUGAUUUUUGGCUGCAAAAAGAUAUGAGGAAGAGCUCUUCCCCUUCCUUGAGUAACUGCAACUCUGUUCUUGCUAACAAAAUAUUUGGAAUUCCACUUGAUGAGCUGCAGCAAGAAGGGCAACCAGACAAUGAGGUUCCAUUCAUAGUCCGCCACGUUGUGGACUAUAUUGAGGAACAUGGGGGUCUGGAACAAGAAGGACUUUUUCAAGUCAAUGGGAAUGCUGAAACAGUGGAGUGGCUUCGGCAGCGGUAUGAUAAUGGAGAAGAUGUGGACCUGGUUAAGGAAGCAGAUGUACCCUCAGCUAUCAGCCUUCUUAGAUUUUUUCUUCAAGAACUUCCAGAGCCAGUUAUUCCAGGCAGCUUGCACACACAUUUGAUGCAACUUUCGCAAGAUUAUAAUAAUGAAGAUGAAUUUGGAAGGAAGUUGAGGUUCCUCUUGCAGCAGCUUCCACCUGUGAAUUACAGUUUGCUAAAGUUUCUGUGCAAAUUUUUAGCCAACGUAGCAUCGCAUCAUGAAGAAAUUUGGUCGGCAAGUUCUUUGGCUGCAGUCUUUGGCCCAGAUGUCUUUCACAUUUACACAGAUGUGGAGGAUCUGAAAGAACAAGAAAUAGUUAGCAGAAUAAUGGCGGGACUUCUGGAGAACUACUAUGAAUUCUUUGAAAAUGAAGAGGAAGAUUUUUCAUCUACUAAUGAUUUAAGCUCAAUAACUGAGCAGAUAAAUGAUCUCUUGGAAGAGGAGGAAGAUGUCAAGCUUGAGCAGUCUGAAGAACUUCCAGAAGAUGGCACGGAGAAACCUGCUGCAAGGCCAGCUGAGGUGCAUCUAGACAUGACUGAGAGCAUCUCGGAUUCCAAGAGUGUUACAGCGUCAGCAAGUGCUCACAUCUCUCCCAUAAGUAUCUUGCCAGCCUCUGCAGACAUUCUAGAAAGAACAAUCAGAGCGGCUGUAGAACAGCACCUUUUCGAUCUGCAGAGCAGCUUAGAUCACGAUCUUAAGCAUAUUCAGCAACACAGAUUGGGCUGUAACAAUGAAGCAGAAAACCCCGACGGGGAUGCAGAAGGAUCUAACAACCAGAAUGAUGUUGAUAAUGAUAAUGUUGAAGAUAAUGACGUUGGUAGCAGUAAGAACACAGGAGACAGCUCUGAAAUAUUGGCCAGCACCACUGUGGACAGUGCUGUUCUAAAACAGGACACGGUGACUGAGGAGGAAGAAAACCUUCAGGUACUGGCCCUUCCUUUUGCUGAGACUGCAGAUGUAUUAUUGAAACCGUGCAGUAAAGAUGCCGAAGUUGAUGGUGAAAAUAAUAGUGAAAGGGAAAAUUGUGUAUUGCUUGAUGGCAGUGACAAUAUAUCUUCUGAGAUGUUUCUGGAUUCAACCAGCAAGCCUUGUGAUCUUAAUGCCAAUACUGAUUCAGAGGUGUCAGGGGAUGGCAGCAGUCAUCUUUCUGAGGAAGCUGUGGGUGUCCAAGUACCACGUCUAGAUCUGAAGAAUGUAUCUGAUGGUGACAAAUGGGAAGAUCCGUUUCCUGCUUUCAAAUCCUGGCAGGAAGACAGUGAAUCUGGAGAGGCUCAGCUUUCCCCGCAGGCUGGACGAAUGACCAACCAUCCCUUGGAAGAGGAUUGUCACCCAGUACUGUCUCAUCGUAGUUUGGAUUUUGGACAAAGCCAACGUUUCUUGCAUGAUCCAGAAGCGUUAGAUUCUUCAUCCAAAGCACUUUCUUUUGUCAGAACACGAAGAGCAUCCUUUAGCUCAAAAGAUGACAAAAGGGAUGACAAGACUCCGUAUCAGCUUGUCAAGAAAUUACAGAAAAAAAUAAAGCAAUUUGAGGAACAAUUUGAAAAAGAGAAAAACAGUAAGCCCUCCUAUAGUGAUAUUGCGGCCAAUCCAAAAGUUUUGAAGUGGAUGACAGAGCUUACCAAACUGAGAAAGCAAAUAAAAGAUUCGAAGCAGAAGAGCUCAGAUGGAGAAUUCAUACCUCAAACACGUCCUCGGAGUAACACACUUCCAAAAAGCUUUGGCUCCUCUCUUGACCAAGAGGAUGAAGAAAAUGAAGAUGAGAUGCGGGUGGUGCAGAAAGAGAAGAAGCCCUCCAAGGAAGCUACACUUGAACUCAUUUUGAAAAGACUGAAGGAAAAACGAGUUGAAAGAUGUUUGCCAGAAGAUAUAAAAAAAAUGACAAAGGACCAUUUGGUAGAAGAGAAAACAUCUCUCCAGAAAAGUCUCCUGUAUUAUGAAAGUCAGCAUGGACGCCCGGUAACUAGAGAAGAAAGACAUAUUGUGAAGCCACUAUAUGACAGAUACAGACUUGUAAAACAAAUGUUAACUAGAGCAAGCAUUACUCCUAUCCUUGGGUCACCAUCAACCAAGAGGCGGGGACAGAUGUUACAGCCCAUUAUUGAGGGUGAAACUGCACAUUUUUUUGAAGAAAUUAAGGAAGAAGAGGAGGAAAGUGAUGGUUUGUCUGCAGACCUGAAUGAUAUCCUAAAAACUGCUACCCAAACACAGUCUGUUUUAAGCCCCGUUGAAAACUCGGAGUCUGAUGUUGAAGAUGGUCAAGAAAAACUGACACGGGACCUUAGGCUGUCAAGCACUCGAGCUGCUUCUAUGCCAGAAUUGCUGGAGCAACUGUGGAAAGCCAGAGCUGAAAAAAAGAAGCUACGCAAGACCUUACGAGAAUUUGAAGAGGAGUUUUAUCAACAGAACGGCAGGAACAUACAGAAAGAAGACCGGGUUCCGAUGCUUGAUGAGUACAGGGAGUACAAGAAAAUUAAAGCCAAACUUAGGCUGUUAGAAGUCCUUAUCAGCAAACAAGACUCUUCGAAGUCAAUAUAAAUUAUGUUCCUCCAAAACUUUGAAUAACAUAAUAUUUCCUUAUGCUACCAUUGUACUUAUUGGGUACUUGUGUUCAUUUGUCAUGCACUGUUGAAAGAAUCCAGUUUGUGCACUUUAUUGUGGUGCCGCUAUAACCUGUUCGAAGGGUAGGUAGGUCCUGUCUAGAGCAAGAAUCAGAUUUCUAAGUUCGAGACUGCUCUAUCCAACUUUAGCAAACAUGAUUUCCAUCAAAAUUUUGUAUUACAUAUGCAUCUUGUUCCCAAAAGACUAUAGCAUUUUGUUCUUUAGCGUUCAAGAGCUUUGAGACUUUUGGUAUUACCAACCUUUUGCGUUAUUGAAGAAAUUGCCUAUAUCAUAGUCCUACACUGAACUCCUCCUGUUGCCUGUUUUUUAUUACGGGGAAAAAAAGGUCAGCAAAUUAAAUACACAGCUCUUUUUCUUGGGACACUUAAAAACUGGACUGAAAUUCCUUUUAAAGGACUGUUGUGAAACAACUUUAAUUUUUGGUAUUCUAAAUUGCAUCUAUCACACAGUAAUAAUUAACAUCUAUGGAUUUUGCUACUUAGUGGUCACGUAUCCUCCUUGAUAAAGAUGACAGUGGACAAACCAGAAAGUGACCUUGCUUAGUGUCUUUUAAAACUUGGAAAACUCAAAAGUUAUAUCACACGCUGCCUACAGGACUUACGUUACUGUUGUUCAUUAUACCAUUUUACCAGUUCUUGUUUAUCAGCUAGUGGUGACACAGUGUUUUGUCUGAAUUGGAUACUGCAUCUCCACUUUGAGAAGACUUGAGGAACAUAAUGAACAUUUCAGUGUAUGGGAAAUGUGUCGGUGCUCAGACUUGCACGGCUCCAGCAGAAAAGACCUGGCUUGGGUCAGUUAAAAUUCCACUGUACGUGAAACAAGUAUGGUAUCAAGGGCUAAAAUCAGUGUAGCUAAUGGGCACCAUAAGGUGAACUGUGUCAGUGUGGAGGGAGGAAAUCACUGCUGUUUAUCAUGAUUUUGUUACAUGGUUGGAGAAGAAAACUAAGCGAUCUAACCUUUAUGAUGUAAGCAAAACAGUUUAUGGGCCUUGCAUGAUUUAGCUUCAAAGCUGAAACUAAAUAAUGUUUUGAUGAUCACAUCUGCUGUGCUGAACGAUGAUUUCGCUAGCUUUGUGCGCUACAACAGCCAUCAGCAGCUGUUUCUGAUCUGGCAAAAUCUAAGUGUUAAUUUUAACUGGUGCUUUCUCCAAUUUUUUCUUCGCUAUAUCCGUUUGAUUGUGGUCAUGUUUUGCAUGCACCUCCUCUCACUGCAUGUUUUUAAGACUGGCUAAUGUCAACACAGCUUUUAUUCACACUGCUUUAUGAAAGACCAAAAAUGAACUUUCUCACAAAGUAAGACGUGGCUCGCAUGUAACCUCAUAGGCUUGCUGUUCUGUCAUGAAGCAUAUGAAAUAGGUUGAUAGUAGGAUUUUUAGUGCUCAGAUUUCAUCUGUGUACUAUAGAAUACUUCUUGUUUUGUUUUACUUUGCUUGUGGGCGUGUUUUUUAAUUCAGAAAAAAAGCACUAAAACUAUUGAGCACUGGUGGUAUGCAUUUUUUUCCUUUUUUUUUUUUUAAAAAAAAAAAAAAAACAGCAAAAUGAUUUGGGACCUUAAAGAAUUAUGAGGUUAAACUAGUCUUGAGACCAUUUAUCAAUUUUAUUCAGUUCCAUUGUGCAAUGUACACCUCAGUUAACUUUUCUAUUGGUCUGCAGACACGGGUGUAUCCGAACAUUGAACCUAAUGCGUACUGUAUAGUGUUGUACAUGAAUGUUUGUGUUUUAUAUACCACAUGCAAAAUGUCAAUAUGCACUAUUUAAAUGUUUUAAAUAAUAUAUUCCUCCUUUAUAAUGCUUAAAUCUAUAUGAUUCCAAUAUUUUUAUAAGUGAGUGAGUGAUCAGACUGGUUCCAAUUCAGAAUUAACAGCUGCUUUGUGUUUGUUAUGCGGUGUUUGGCUGUUUA